AUGUCCAGGUAUCUGUCUGCUCAAGAGUCGCUCUUUGUUGACGACGGCUUCCGUCGAUACCAUGACACGCAUCGGCCAUAUAUAAUCGAAGAGGAAGACGAAUACAACGAUGCCGCACCGCCGGUACCCGUACCUCGAUACCGCGACUAUGGCGUAGAAGACUUUCGAGACCAAGUGCGAAAGCGAGCCUCCCUUCCCCUCUCAAGACCGAAGACUUGUCUGUACCGCUCCACGGACUCGAUCGUUUCCAAGUGCACAUCCUUCCACACCAACGGAGCCGGGAUAAUUUAUCGCUCGGAAAUCGAAACCGUGCCCACGUUGACGCGAACUCCAUGGGAGCAGAAUCGGGGCAGCAGAAAAGUCAUCUCGGCCCCUAUACAACAGCCCGUUCGGCGCCCUCGCGGCUUCCAGCGCCUGCCCAAGGAGGUCUAUGAUUGCAUACUGCGGCAGUUGGAGGUUUUGCAUUUCGGAAAGGGCUCCAGGAGCUGCACGACGUGCUACCUUCAGGACGUUUAUAAUGUUGGACUGGUGGGCCGCGCGUGGGACAAGGCGGCAAGAGCACAGCUCUACACGAGCUUGUGGAUGCCGCCGCCAGACCAGAACGAAAGCAAGUGGCCGCUGGCGCGAAAGGCGAGCCGGCUGAAGCUGCUGCGGAAGACGCUGCGCGAGCGGAGCGCGCUGGCGAAGCAGGUGCGCGAGAUCAAGGCGGCGGAGCUGCAGCACGUGUUUGUGCAGAGCAGCUACAAGGAGCAGCAAGAGCUGGUGAACGAGCUGGCGUCGGUGGUGAUGGCGUGCCCGAAGCUGGAGCGGCUGGUCGGCUUCCACUGGGCGUACAACCACGACUUCGACCGGCUCAACCACGCCCUCUCGACGCGGACGCAGCUGCGCGAGCGCGCGUGGAUCAUCGCCGCGCCCGUCGACGCGCAGCCCGCCGCCCGCCGCGCCUUGCACCACCACCACGCCGCCUUCGAGCUGUACCCGGGCCCGACGGAGCUGUUCCUGCACCACCACGACCACGCCGCCCAGCUGCGCACGCUGCUCCUGCACGGCCAGAGCAGCGGGACCAUGAACUUCCGCGCCUUCGUCGCCACGUUCCGCAAGCUGCCGCAACUACAACACCUGCAUAUAUCCAACUUCGCCCCCGACGACUUCAACGACCGCACCCUCGCCGCCGUCCCGCCCCUGCGCGCUCUCCGCCUCGAAGACUGCCCCGGCGUCACCGACAAGGGCCUCAUGCGCUACGCCGCCUCGCCCGCCGCCGCCCCGCUGCGCUCGCUCCUGCUGAUCCGCCAAGAGGUCAUCGACCUGCUGGUGCUGAUGGCCUUUUUCAAGAACCUGACGCGGCUCGAGCGCUUUUCGAUUGUGCAGGACAGCUCGCCGGGCGUGCACCCCGGCAUCCACAUCCGGCGGCCGGUGUUCGCGUCCCUCACGCUCGAGUUUCUGCAUUGGGAUGUCCUCAUCCCGGGACCCGCGACGCAGGAACUCAGUAUCAGUGUGCGGCAGGGCGCGUUUCCGGCGCUGCGCACGAUCCGCGCGCCCGCGGACCAUGAUGGCAGAUUGCAGGACUUGUGCAGGCCGGUGGCGGGCUUCUUGCCUCCCCCUUCCCCUACCUCUCCUACGUCGCCCCUCACCAAAACCCCCUCCGACCCCUCCCGCGCAGACUCAGCCCACGCCCCCUCCGCCGCCAAAGACGAGGAAGACGACGACGACAACGCACACUACGCGCGCUCCCUCCCGCACGCCCGCCGCGCCGCCCAGCAGCGCAUCGCGCACGCCGCGGCGACGCUCGCGCCCGCCAUGCGCGUCGUGGUGGAGGACGCGGACGCGCACACCAUCGAGACGGUGUUUGAUAUUCGCGGGUACAUGGGCACGGUCGGGAGCCGCAUUACGUACUCGCUUGAGCCGGACAUAGCGGGGAGCGAGGAGGCGGUGGUCGAGGUCGAGGAUCUGCUGUGUCCGCCGCCUGUUGUGGUCGCGGCGGGGGAGGGGACAGAGGCGGAAGAGGCGCUGUGCGUGGGGUGUGCGUUCGCGGGGUGGAGUACUGCGGCGCGGGAUAGUGGGCCGGGGGCGGUGGGGAGGCGGAGCGCGGGGGGCUGGUUGCAUGCGCCGAGGGAGCGGGUCAGGGUCGUCGAGGUUAUGGAUUUUUUCUAGUGUUGCUUGGGCUUUGUUUGGGGUUUUGCUUUGCUUAGGUUGGUGUUGGGGUGGGUGUUUGUAUUUUUCUGGUGUUUUCGGGGUUGGUUUGGUUGGAGUUCUUGUAUGUAUACAUACGUAUGUGCUGCGCGUGGUGGGUAUACCCUAGGCGGGGCUUUGGUUUGGGCUUUGGCGUCUUAGUUCUUUCUUGCUAUUGCUGCUUCUUUCUGGGUGAAUGGGAUUCAAAACAAAGAGUCUUUUAUUCGAUUGGUUACACAUUGCACUCGGCUCUCGAAGCUAGGUCUAGAAAAUAAUAGGUAACUCAUAC